CGAGUACGGUGACGUACGUCCUACUAUGGCUGAUGAGGCUUGGUAACUUCUCGUGUUUGGCUGAGAACUUUUUUUUGUUUAACUUGGAAAAAAUGGCUGUGUUUGACAGUAGCGGAUAACAUGUCUCCUUACUCAUUAUUUAAAACAUUGAAGUGUCUCUCAUAGAAAUGAGAGUUUGCUGCUUAAUAAACACUUUUUGGGCUUAGUUGAUCGCGAACAUCUUUCUUUCUCCGUUGCAUUGCCUUGGCAUCGUACACAUUGGUGUAGGAGUGGAAAAUGGUGAUGCAGUCAUGACAGAAGUCAUUGCUAGUUCUUCGGGUGUUUCUGAUUAUAUUUGCCCAAUAUGCAGGGAGAUAUUUCUUGAACCAGUGACCCUGCCAUGCAACCAUACACUUUGCAACCCUUGCUUUCAGCUUACUGUGGAGAAAGCCAACCUUUGUUGCCCACUGUGUAGACGUCGUGUUUCAUCCUGGGCUCGAUACCAUUCCAGAAGGAGCACCCUAAUUAAUUUACAACUUUGGGACAGGAUACAGCAAGACUUCCCAGAACAGUGUCAGCGCAGAGCCAAUGGUCAGGAUGUAGAAAUAGAAGUUUCACAGCCUUUUUACCCACCACCUUUGUUGAGUAAACCCGGUGAAUUAAGAGCAGAAUAUGAGGCUCAAAUGUCCAAGUGUGAGGCUGAGAGGCGAGCACUUGAAGAAGAAGAGAGGAAGGCAAGUGAGGAGUACAUUCAAAAGCUUUUGGAAGAAGAAGAAGAAGAAAGCAGGAAAAGAGAGGGAGAGAGAAAAGAGGAAGAGGCAAGGCAACUUAGGAAGGAUGAAGAACUGGCACGUGUUAUCUACAGUGAAUUGAAUGUGCCACCUGUGAGUGAAGUCAGCAACCCUUCCAGUCCUCCUGGAGUGACACUGGUAAGACAAGAUUCUUCCUUAAAGAAGCGGAAGUCUAUACAGAAGAAGGCGGGGACAUCAGGUGACAUAAAGAGGUACCUCUCUCCAGGUGCACAACAGAGUUUAUCAUCACAACUGCAAGAGAAUGAAAGCUGUGGCUCUUCUAGUAACACGGAGAAGUUAAGUGAUGUGAAGUGUUCCAGAGUGAUGCAGAGUACAGAGGGAUUAGUAUGUGAUGAACCCAAAAUGCCAACUUUAAUACCCCAGAAUGUCCAUGCUUUCCCCAGUAGUGUAUUCCGUGGUUCUGUAUCAGAAUUAGACGCCAAAAUGCCCAAGUUAUUCAGCUGCAUUGAAGAAUCUGCCAGCAUCUUAGCAACACCAAGUACUUCCAAAGCAACAAAUGAAAAGGUGCAUAUCAGAAAUCAAGUGUUGGCAAGUAAAAAGUCUGCAAAUGGGCAGUUCAGAAGGAAAAACAAUGGUGAGCUUGAAAAAUGUGUUGCAUUGAAAAUAUCUCUUGCUGAACUACUGCCACCACAUGACACAGGAAUGAAGUGUCCAAAGAUGUUUCCUGCAGAUGUGAGUGAGUGUUCCUCGGAUAACAGAACAGCAUUAGGACAUGAAGAGGAUGAGUCAAAUUCUAGCUCUAGUUUUGAUUAUACCGAGAUUGUGGAGCUGGAAGAGGAACUGUAUCAGAAAUAUAGGCAAGAGCUUGCAGAUAGGCAGCUUGCCAUGAAGCUUCAGAAGCAGCUUGACAAAGAACAAAAUGCUGUCAGCCGCCAGAAAGGUUCACCAGAUGAAUAUAGAUUCCGUCCGAGGACUUUAGCAAAAUCUGAACAGAAAGACCAAACUGAUGAAAAUGUAGCUCCAAAUGACUGUGGAAUGCUCUCUCCUCAUUCUUUAAGACCUUGUGAAAAGAGGAAAAACGGUGAUGCUUCUGUUCAGACAAGAGAGACUAAGCAACUUAAACCUUCAAAAUCUUGUACAGCUGUACUUCACAGAGACACAUCUGGUAGCAGCUCUUCAGGUGUCAAGAACAGCAGUAGUGUGCUGCAGAACAGUAGCAAACAGCAGACAAUUUUUCAGAUGUUUCAAAAAAGGCUUCAAGUAAGCACUUGUGAACAUUAAAAGGAAUACUGGGCCUGAAAAAUUAUUUUUUGAUAAUUUUCUCAGUCUUGCUGCCUUUUGAAUACAUUUAUUGGCUUGGAAACACAGCUGUUCAUCUUUCUUUGCUCAUUUACUCUUCUUGACUAAUGCUUUCAUGCUUUAUACCAAGUCCAUGCAUCUGCCUUGACAAGUACGCUGAUACAUGAAUAUGAAAUUCCCCAUGUAUCUAUAGAAAUUGGAUGUGUGUCUGUGUAAUCACAGACAUCUUCAGCCUUGGGGCAUCAUAAAGGGGAACUGCAGAUUUAGAGGUUUAUUUCACCUUAGCUCAGGUUUCAUAUCAUUUUUGAAAAGUAACAACUUUGACCGCAAUUGCCUGAAGUAUGACAGUGUACUAGGUGUUUAAGGUAAUGAUUUGCAUGUAAUCUAAUAUGUUGUAACUUUUUUCCACACAGAUUUUUGGAGGUGAGUUCUACUUAGAAAUUGAGUUGUACUGUUUUUAUGACCAAGGUUAAUAAAACAUUACCGAAGUACACAGUGGUUGUCAACUUCGGAAAGAGCAAAAACUGGACAAAAACACCUGUUGCUCCACCUAGGCCCCAGUUGCUCUUCUUCCCUUGACCUGCCAAUUUUAUUAUAUAAAUGGCCAUGUAUGACUGUCAUUAUGGGAGCUGAAUGUCUUUAUUCUUCCUUUUUCUGACCACCCUUGGAUGUAACUACAUUGCAUGAGUGAUUCCUGUACAAAACUGCUACCUGGAGGCAGUGACUUUACAUAGUCCUGUAUUUAUUUUGCUGUGGUAAUCUGAAUACUGGAGGUGGUAAAGUGAAGACCAAAUUUACAAGAUCAACAUCUCUGAAGUAUUAGUCUUGCUUAGCUGUGGCCAAAGACUGAUGCUACUAUAGUACUAGAGGGUUUUGGUACUUGCCUGAAGUACAGCAUUGCAGUGAGUGUGUGCAGCUGUCAGUUUGCAUAUAUUCACUUGCAAAAAGAGGAACUUUUUUGCAGGUAGUAACAGUAAAUGCCAUGGACUGCCGCCAGUGGGUCUACUUUUCACAUGUGUCUGAAGAUGUAGUUUGUACUGAUUUUCAACAAUGGAGAUCUUAAAUCUUCCUGAAAGAUGGUGCAUUUUUUCACCUUAUUCGUAUUUUUUAUUUUAUUUUUUUCCAAAACAGCUAUUAGAAGUUUUAGCUGCUAUUGACUACUGCCAGUGUGUGUCUACCUUUUACAUAUGUCUGAAAAUGUAGUUUGCAUUGAUUUCAACAGCAGAGAUCGUUAAGUCACACUGAGAGGGUUAGUGUCUGACUUUUUUCAUUGUAGUAAACUGUAAUGGUGUUUUGAAUAGCGUUUUCCAUUGCGAGUCUAGGGGGCUACAUUUCUGUAUGGUGUUGGAAAUGUAGAAGUGUUUUCUUUUCUUUGUUUUUUAAGUAGACUGAAUGAUUGUGUAGUUAGUGGAUGAGUCCUGUGCCAAGUUAAUUGUAACCUGUAGAUACAGCACAAGAUUACACACACACACACGCACACAGAGCACUGCAGGUUCUGCCAUUAGGAAAAUGUUAAUAGUUUUCCUCCAUUGCUGUUUGCCCAUGUAUCCCUGUUUUCCCCUUGGUUCUAAAAGAGAGGGGGGGGGAAGUGUGUUUGUGUGUCUCAGGUAGCUCAUAUGUUUCUAUAGUAAUCAGAAAUGAGUUAGACACCACAUAAAAUGUGGAGCCACUGGAGUUUUGCCCAGGCUGCAGAUCUAUUCCUAAUUCUAUUAUUUGGUUUUAAGAUGGUACCAGUAGCAGGAACAGUGACAAAACUAAGAAGGCUUUCCCUUCCCUUUAUGCAACAGAAUAUGUCUGCAUAAUCUGCUGCAUUACUACAGAUGCACAUCACAGCAUGAAAACUGUCUUGCUCUUUCAUUCCAUGGCUGCUUUACAGAGGUGCGAGACUUUUUGUUUGAAUCACAAAUUUGUUUCAAACAGGGAAUUCUUAAGUUCCCCCAACCCCACCCCACAUACUCUGCACAUCUCUGCUGUCACUGUACUUCGGAAUUAGGUUUGUAUGUUGCAAACUCAGAUUUAGUAUGCAUUCCCAUACAUUUGUGUUUGUUUUUCUGAAUAUCCUUGUUACGUUCCUCUGGAGUUUGACAGGAAACUGCAAAAUUUUGUGAUAGCUACAGACAGACAUUACCUGGAUUUUGUUAUACAAGUGCAGUUUGUCCUUAAGCAUUUUUAGCAUUACAAAUAAUUUCUUAUAGCCUUAGUCUUGCUUCAUAAAAACACAACUCUCAUUUUGGCAUUGCUUCUGCCAUUGGAGUGGUUGGGAUAUCAAAAAAAGAAAUAUACUGUAUCUAUUUAAACAAAGGUUUGCUGUUUGUGUCAAAACAAUCUGAUGCUAUUAUUUUACAUUGUACCAGUAAAUUUCCUUAGGUUCCACAGUUACUGAUCUGAGCUCCAGGUAUAUCCUGGCAAGAAGCAUACUGCUAUACAUAAAAAAUUUCAUGUAAUAGGAAGUCACAGCACCGACGUUAGUACUGGAAAUAGGCCCUAAACUGUCAGUUCUGUGAGUGACAAACCAAAGCUAGUUUUGUUGUUUUAGAUGAUAUGCAAGUGGGUGGCCUAAAUUCAGACAUGCUAAUGCUGUUCAAGUCAAAGUCGUACUUCACGAGAAACAGUGGCAAAGCCUGUAGGAAGAUCCUGGCAUUGCUCUGGUUGAUAGCAGUACAGAAUGUACCUUUAUAUACAGAAGUGAAAUAAAUGCAGGCUGGCAUUAUUAGCAGCAUUCCAGUAGCUUUUACUGGUCUUGUGUUUACUCGUAACAAAUGAAAAAUUGUUUCUCCAUUUGCAGCCAUGUAGUUGCACUUAUGCAAGCUGUGGCAUUCACUACAUUGCUGUGGAAGCUUCAUUCUGUAACUACAGCUAGCAAGACUGGUAUUCCAGAAGUAGGCGUAGUCUUCCUUGGGUGUUUUAGAAUAGUAUACUUUUUGUAAGCCUCAGUGUGUCUUUCUCUGUCGAACAGGUGUGCAUGCACACCUACAUGUGACACGGUUUACAGAUGUUUACAUAGGACACAAGCUCAGUUCACAGUUGCAUGAGCAUAACAGCUGAAGUUGUCAUAUGUAUGCUUCCUUGCUCAGCAUUUUGUAGAACAAGAUAGUUUAUGCUCACCUUUUAGCAAAUUGUAGAUGGUUUAGGGGCAGUGCUUGUUGGAGAAAUAAACAAGACAAGCAUAUAUUGCUUGCCAGUCACUUGUAUUCCUGAGUUGCAGUAAUCUCGGCAUGAAGAUAGGAGGCAUGCAUGGAAUUUUUUCUUGCCUUCAAAAAUUGCUUUUUCUUUUGAUGCCCCACUUGCUUAUAAAUUGAGCAACCUGAGUACCUGCAUUACUAAAAUGUGUCUCCUUACACUUUUGUGACUGUGAUUUGUGGUUGGGUGAAGCGAUUAAACAUAGUAAACCCACAGUUCGGCAGUGUUAGAAAAGGACGUUGUUUCUUUGUACAGUUCAUUAUUGAGUAGUAGUGUGAAAAGUGAAGAGAAAGCUAUUUCUUCCUUUUGCUUCAGAUUAUAUAUACAAUACUGCAUUGUUUUACUUUAGGCAAUUACAGGGAAAGCUGUACUGCUUUUUAAAGUCUUUCUUUUAUUCAGUCUGCCAAGAGACAGUAUAAAUAUUAAAGUAAAAGUCUCUGACAUUUGUAUUCUCAAAAAAAACUUAUACUAAUCUUUAAAAUAGUGUCUUGAAGUUGAUUGUGGUGAAACUAGCACACAUCCCACCAAUAUGCAUGAAAAUCUUUUAUUUCCUAGUGUGAGAUCCAUACUAAUGGAAGUGGAAAAAGAGAGCUCUAGGAUUAGCGAAGCACUACAUGUACCAACCCACUGACAGAGGUGGGGAAUGGGCAAAGCAUUAUCUGUGCCACAGUAACCAAAGAUUAGCUAGUGACUUAGAAAGCUGGAUGACUUAGGGGGGGUUCCUUCCCCAGCUAAUUCUCUCAGCUUCUGUGAGCUGUCAACCUCCUGUUACUCAAUCUGUCCAUUCAUUCUGUAAGGAUGAGAGCUGCUCAUAGGGAGGCAUUUUCAUGACACCUGUCUGCUCUGUGUGCAUUCCAGCAUUACCAUGCUAAUGAACAGUGGUUACUGCACAUUUGAUGGAUAUGGCUACUGCAUGUGAAUGUGCAGUUUGGUGGGUGCAUGAAAACAUCAUGACAUUUAUUGUUGUUUAAAAUAACAUCCUUGUCUCCUGAGUGUCAUCAGUGCAGUAAGCUGGGUUUCCACACACACACACACACACACACACACACACACACACUCCAGGGUGAACUGAUGUAAGCCUCUUCACUCCCAUCUUUAGUAGACAUCUCUUCCAGUGUCUAGGUCACAUCUAAGGCUUUAUCCUUUUCUGACACAGAGCCAGCAUAACUUUGGUUGGUUGGGGGGGGGGGGGUAGUCUUGAAGAGCUGAUGGUUGACUGACCUCUUUAUUUGUGGGCAAAUUUGAUUGCCCACUGCUUUGUAGUUUCUUGUUGGAGAGCAAGUAGCAAUACAUUGUGGUAUGCAAAUUAAAUUGCAUGAAAUCUGGCAUACUACUACUGCUUUGUGCUUAGGAAUGAGCUGGCAUGCUGGAGUCCUUCCAUACCGAACCCCACGAUAUGCAUAAAACAGCAGUUGCAUCAUGAUGGGUAUAGUUGUAUCCUGCAGCACUCCCAGGUGUGUGGAGCAGUCAAAAACCUGAAUAGUCAGUAAGAUUUUCUUCCCUGGAGACACAAGGCCCACUAAGUGAUGGGAUAUGACAGGGUAUCACUUACAGAUGUAUAGGAAUUGGAGACUGGGCCAAACGAGGAGAACAGGUAAGCACAGUUGUCAGUAGCAGUUACUGUACAAAUAAAUGCAGACCAUUAAAAACAACUUAUGAGCCAUGAUGGUCACUGCUUAGGAUUUUCAUUUAUGUGAUCAACUCUGUUCCAAAUGAGGCCUUACCAUGCAAGCUUUACAUCAGAAUUGAUUCACUCUACUAAUUGUUUCACUUACCAUGAAGUUUUGUGACUUCAGAGUAUGUUGGUGACAAAGCAUGUCCAUGCACAGUGUUCAGAGGCUCACCCCUAGUUAAGAUGUAAAGUCAAACCUUUUAGUAGAAUAGGCAGAUAAUGGUCAGUUGGAGUUCAAUGGAGCAAACAUCAACGACAACUAGCUGUAUCUUACUGUAUAGAAAGCUGAAUAGCCUUGUUUUUUCCCCGUAGGAAGGUCAUUCCAAGCUAAAAAGCCAUAAAGUGCAAGAUAAAAUAAAUGAUAAAAUUAUUCUUAAUAAUUGUAAAGGCACAGUACUCCUUUAAUGCUUCAGAGCUAAUGAACUUUUCUUGUUUUGGUUCUGUAUAUUUUUAUAUCAUUCUGCAAAUAUUUUUGUCCAUGUAAUAGGUGUUUCUGCCCAGCAUGUUUCAGAUGAGAUUGUGCAGAAAUUUUACGUAACCACUUCAGUCAUAAGGUGCAUUUUAUGGCUUUGAGAAGAAGAAUAUUCUAGGGAGGCAGUAUGUGUAAACUUCUAAAGAGCUAUUUUGCCAUAUUUUAAGAAGGAAAAUAAUGCAUAAGCUGCAUUUUGGCUUUCAUAAUUUAAAAGUAUAUCUAUUGCAACUUUUCAUCCCUUAGAAUGUGGUAACUAACAAAAGUUUAUUAGAUUUGAUUCAUUAAAAAUAUACAUUUCCCUUUUUGUCAUGUGAGCAAACACGAUUCCUCACUACUAUAAAAAUGUUUUCAUGGUGUAAUACCAAAGUUAAAACUUGUUUUGUUGGUCUGCAAAAGUGAUGCUUUCAAGUGUAUGAAAUGUUUGUUUAAAAAAUACAGUUAGAUUUGAGUUCACAUUUAUAAAUUCAAGGUGCAUUUGUUUGUACCGAAAAUCACAGCCAGAGUACAUUUGGUGCAAAAUAUCCAGUUGGUUUCAGACUUUCACUAGAAAAUGUUAAAUUUGUUUCAAAGGUAUAAUUGUAGAAACAAAACACCAGUUAGGCUUACGUUGCCAUUAAAUUUCAUUAGGCUGCUAAGUGUAAGCGGUAAGAAUAUCAGUUCUCUUCAGGUUGGAAAGGCACAUUGCUUGUCCAUAACACGUGGAAUGAGUUGGCAUUACAUCAUAUGUAAGCAUUUGUACGUUUAUGUUUUCAUAAAAGUGACUAUCUGGAAGAUA